AUGGCGGAUGCCUUCACAGAGCUUGGUGUUGCCCACCUCAGAGAACACGCCAUGGGCAAUGCUGUUGGUCAAUUCUGGGCUCCUGCCACCAUUGAUGCGAAAACCAUGACUAGAUCCUCGUCAUUGACAGCUUAUUAUGACAAAGCCAGUUGGCGCCCAAACCUCAAGAUGCUUACUGAACACAAGGUCACCCAACUGACCUUUAAGGGAGCCUCCACAACAGUUUCAGGCGUGAAAGCUAUCAACAGAAAGACGAACAAAGAAGUGACCUUCCACGCGAGAAAGGAAGUUAUCUUAGCUGCUGGUUCUCUUCACACUCCUCAGAUCCUCCAACUGAGCGGCAUUGGGCCUAAGUGUGUUGUACAAGCUGCAGGAAUCAAGUCCAGAGUCGACUUGCCGGGAGUUGGAAGCAACCUGCAAGAUCAUCCUGUCGCAUACCUAAACUGGAAGGUUACUAACAGUUUCCCGGAGCCAAAUAUCAUGAUGACAAACGAGACUUUCGCUGCGGAGGCGCUAGCGGAAUAUCAGGCUCACAGAACUGGUCCAUACACCAAGGCCCAGUCCAACACGAUUGCAUUCCUCUCUUUACCCAUGGUCACCAAUAACACUGAGGAUAUGAUUAAUAGCCUGAAGCAACAAGUAGCAUCCAAAUACCUCCCUGGCGUGUAUUCUCGCGAGCUCAUUUCUGGCUACGAAGCUCAACGGGCCAUCUUAGCUAAGCAGCUUGGAGAAGGUUCCGUCUCUGCCCUCGAGUUUCCAUUUGGGGGUUCCGGAAUGGUACCUAACUCGGUACAAAAGCCUCUAAGCCGUGGGACCGUACAUCUCAACCCCGACGACCCUCAUGGCGAACCGAUCGUUACAUACAACGCCUUCACGAACCCUUUCGAUCGCGCUCAGCUCGCUUCCUUCAUUGCAUUCACCCGCCGCUACUUUAAAACAAAUGCCCUCGCUGAUAUGCAGCCCCAGGAAGUCUCACCAGGCGAAGAUGCCCAAACUGAGGAUGAGAUCAUCGCGAAGCUUGCUGCGGGAGGCCCACUCUCACUCUCUCCGUCGUUUGCGCAUCCCAGCAGCAGUUGCCCUAUGAUGCCCAAAAAUAAGGGCGGAUGUGUCAGUGCUGACCUGCGGGUGCACGGAACAAGGAAGCUGAGUAUCAUCGAUGCUUCCAUCCUUCCAAUCAUUCCUAGUGCGCAUCUGCAAGCGACUAUUGGAGAAGUUUUUGGCCGUGAUGGUGAUGAUGGACCGCCUCUCGCGCACCAGGAUGUGGAGGUAUUCUGCGAUACUCCUGUCACUUCAUAUUUAUGGGGCAGGAGCAGAUAUGCAGCACAGAUACCCAACAUAAUCUACCCAGAGAAUUGCGAUGCACGGGCCAGGGAAAAGAAUGGGGAACCCGACCCACGAUCUCCCCCGACGAGCUGCAAAACUCAUUCUUGGCUCCUAACGCUGAGAAGCCUCUCUCUCCGCGGUAGAUUAUAUGGACUGAAUACGAAUGAGCUGUGGUCCAAAACGGAGCAAAUAGGCUUUUCCGCAGAAGGAUAA